UCAGAGUGUGUGAGAGGGAGAGAGAGGGGGAGAGAAAAGGGGCUCAACAUGGACACGAGAUUAGGUCUGAGUUGUAAACUAGUCUAGAAUUGAAGCCCCGGCCUCUCCGGACUGACCCACCAACCCGGGAUUAUUAUGCCCAGCGCCAACGUGUCCGUGCGAAGUUUAUCCGAAGUGGAGAAAUACCUCAGCAGCCGGAUGGACCGGAGUUCUGAGGGCAGUUUUGCGAGCAUCUCCGGGUCAAUGCGGCGGGGCUCUUCAGAGACCAACCUGGACCUGGAUCUGACCGAUGGAAGUCCUGGUCUGGGCUCUGAGGUCGUGCGUAGCCGGUCUUGCUUGGACAGCCUCCAGCAGAAGAUGCUCAAAGUCACGGAGCAGCUGAAGAUUGAGCAGACGGCCCGGGAUGAAAACGUGGCAGAGUACCUGAAGCUGGUGAACAGCGCCGACAAGCUGCAGGUCGGGCGCAUCAAGCAGGUGUUUGAGAAGAAGAACCAGAAGUCCGCUCAAAACAUCGCCCAGAUGCAGAAAAAGCUGGAACAGUACCAUCGAAAGAUGAAAGACAGUGAAACCCACUACAGCCCAUCCCCUCACCCGUUGCCUGUCAAACACAGCACCAUGCCCAGGGAGUCACCCAGACAGCUGCUGAAGGACAUGACGGGCAGUGGCCGACACCCAACCAUGGACAAGAUCAAGACCAUUGGCCCAGGUGUUUCCCUCUCCCCUCCUUUCUUCUUCAGCAAGCCUAGAGAGUUUGCCAACCUCAUCCGAAACAAGUUUGGCAGCGCUGACAACAUCGCCCACCUCAAGAACUCUCUGGAUGCUUCCCCUACGCUGCCCACUGACACUGCCAGCAAGGGACUGAGUAGCAGCACCUCCAUGGUGGGCAAGCCCAAGUACCCCAGUGAUGAUGAAUGCUCCUCGGGGAGCGCCUCCAUUUCAGCAGAUAGUAACGGGAACCCAGCGGGGCUGACUCCGGGCCAGCAGGCCAAGGACGACAGCCAGGGCAGACUAGCUCUGAGCCUGGAGGAGGUGAGGGAGAUCAAAGAGGCCCAGAGCCAGCUGGAGGAGGAUAUGGAGGAGAUCAAGGCUCAGUUCAAAAGGGAGUAUGGCAUCAUCAGCCAAUCACUGCAGGAGGAGCGAUACAGGUACGAGCGCUUAGAAGAUCAGCUGAACGACCUGACAGAGCUUCACCAACAUGAGAUGAGUGAUCUAAAGCAGGAGCUGGCCAGCAUCGAGGAGAGGAUCGCGUACCAGGCUCAAGAGAGGGCCAGAGACAUACAGGAGGCUCUGGAGUCGUGUCAGACGCGAGUCUCCAAGCUGGAGCUCCAGCAGCAGCAGCAGCAGACGGUGCAGAUCGAGAGCCGUGACGCCAGAGUGCUUCUGGGAAAAAGCAUCAACAUCAUGCUGGCCAUCAUCACCGUCAUCCUCGUGUGCGUCUCCACUGCUGCCAAGUUUGCCGCUCCACUGAUGAGGAGCCGGCACCAUGUGGUAGUUACCGUACUGGGAGUCUGUUUUUUGACCAUUUUCUGGAAGAACUGGGAGCGUUUACAGUACGCUAUCGACAGGUUGUUAGUGCCUGUCUGAGAGUGAAGAGCGCACACUGACAAUAACACUUCAGAAACAUGGACGCUGUCUGGUGUCAGGAUAGGACUGUCUCAGAGGAUUGGUUGUACAAUCGUCAGUAGACACGAUCGCCACGCAUUUACAGAAGUCAUUGUUUUUUAAAGUCAAACUGCAAUUAAAUGUAGGUAAUUUUUCUCUUGUGUAGAACUUGAAUGUGUUGCUAACAUUUUUCAUUAACCUUUAAAAUAAUAUUUAUAACAGUUAAAUGAAUUAAUAAAUUGUGUUACUUCUCUAAGGUUUGAUAUGAAUUCAUCACAAGAAAAUAGACAAGGAUCAAGAAGGGUGGAAAGAGUUGCAUAUGAGACUUACCCCACAGAUUUUGGGGGAAAUAUUAUUUGAAGAGGUCAAAUUAGGCCAUGGAUAAAUGUUUCUCAUGUUGCUUCUGCUUGACUUGAACAUCUCUCCAUCUGUUAGAAAUCAUGCACACACAAACAAAACCUCAAGCUUGUUAUGCUGUUGGCUAACGUUACGAAAUGCUAUUGUCACCUUUAUAAGAAUAGUUGGACAUUUGGGGAAAUGCGUUUAUCUCUUUUACGUUAGAUUCCAUAUCAAUAUGAUGCUACGGUUAGCUUAGCAUAAACAAUCGAAAGAGGGAAACAGCUAGCCUGACUCUUUAAAUGGGAACAAAAUCUACUGAAAAGCUGACAAAUGAACACGUCAUGUUUAAUCUUUACAAAAAAGUGUUAAAGUGACAUUUUCUGGGUAAUUAUUCCAGGAACUACUUCGGGCACAUAACCUAUUACAUGUACUUUUGACACUCUUACACAGUUUGUUUUUAGAUGCUCCGAGGCAGAUUUUGUUGCCACCAUUACCUUUGCACAGGGACAUGCUAGCUAUUUCGCCAUGUUUACAGUCUUAAUGUUAAGAUAAGAUAAUUGGCUACUGAUUGUAGAUUAUUUCAAACCCGGGACAUGUUGUUAUCUGGCUGUUAUGUGUUGUAAACACUCGACUAACUAGGUGCUCUGUAGCUGCAUAUUUAGCAUACAGACCGCAGAGUGGUAUAAAUCCACUUAUCUUAUACUCUGCAAAAAAAUCAAUAAGCAUAUUUCCCCGAAUGUUUUUCUAUUGCUUGAAAUUAAGAAUUUACAGUCUCAAGCACAGAGGCAAUAGACAUCCUGUUUUUAGGUGUUUUCUUUUCCGUAUAUUUGUCUGCCCUGUGCGGUCAGUCGUCUCUUAAAGUUUGUUCUGUUUACCGAUGUUUACAGUGCAAUAUGUUUAAUUUCUAAGAGCACUGUUUUUAAAAUGGUAUUUUAGGAGUGAGCAUUUACGUCAAUGUUUUACAGUGAUAGGGUGCUGUGGGGUGGGGGAAGUGUCAUUAAUGUUGGCAUAAGAGAUCCAUAACCACUGAAGCCUCUGCUGGGAUCUGAUAAGACCAGCUGUCUCUCUCACUGUUACCACACACACACGCGCGCACGCACGCACGCACGCACACACCUAUCUUUAUGUCUUAUGGGUCUGAUGUUUGUAUUUUAUUAAUAAUGUGAGUGAGAGGCGAUGGAUUAUACUGUGAUACAAGGCCUUUUUCUGAGGAAAAUUGCAAUUUGUUUUGUUCUUACAGCCUUCAGUACAGGCUCUGAGUGAUGAUCUACGAGCCAAUUUUUGACUGAUUAAUGUAUUGUUUUUGUCUUACUAACAUUGCCUAUGAUGAUCUCAUAUGAAGCUAAGGACCACUUUUUAAUGUUCGUUUGCCAUAAUAACAUGUUUGUGUUAAUACUUGUCUUCUACCUACUGUAUUAUAUUUCUCUCUUCCUGUUUAGGACAUAUUUGAGGACGUUUUACUGAUGAAUACAUAUCUGGUUUAUAUUCUCUAUUCCUCUCUGAUGCACUACGUUAUCAAUCAGUUGUAUUUCAUGCAUUACGUGCCUUUGUCUUACACUCUGUUAAAUUAAAAAGCCUUUUUAAUCAUCUUGUGA